AUGGCUGAGAAGCACAGUUUUGGGAUCUUACCUGUGACCUGUCAUGCAUUUAGUGGGGAUAGAAAUGGGUUGGCUUUGGCACUGAAUGAUAAUGAAGUGAAGAUCUAAAAAAGUGGUCCAAACUGGCAAGAAACAAACACCCUUACUGAGCAUGGGCAGCGGGUUACUGGUAUUGAUUGGGCCCCCAAGUCAAACCGGAUUGUCACCUGUGGUGCUGAUAGGAAUGCAUAUGUAUGGACUUUCAAGCAGGAACGAUGGAAACCCGACUUGGUCAUUUUGAGAAUCAACCGUGCAGCGACUUGUGUAAAGUGGUCUCCUAAAGAAAACAAGUUUGCAGUGGGCAGUGGAGCAAGGCUGAUCUCCGUGUCUUACUACGAGGACGAGCACACAUGGUGGGUGAGCAAGCAUAUCAAGAAGCCUAUCCGUUCCACUGUCACCUGCUUGGACUGGCAUCCUAACAAUUAUUUGAUUGCUGCCGGAUCUACAGACUUCAAGGCCAGGGUGUUCUCUGGCUAUAUCAAAGAGAUUGAAGAGAAGCCUGAGCCUUGUGUAUGGGGUUCAAAGAUGAUUUUCGCUAAUCUGAUGGCUGAAUUCAGCAACGGUGGUGGUGGCUGGGUCCAUGCUGUGUCUUUCUCACCAAGUGGAGACAAAAUUGGUUGGGUUGCUCAUGACUCCAGUGUAUGUGUUGCCGAUGCAACCCAAGAUAACAGGCUGGUGGUGGUCAAAGACAGCUUCCUUCCCUUUAUGGGCAUUACCUGGGUGACUGAGAACAGUCUUGUGGCUGCGGGUUAUGACUGCAACCCAAUGCUGUUCACUUACAAUGCUUCCCAAGGCAAGCUGUCAUUGGUCAGUAAACUGGACAUACCCCAAGAAAAAGAGGCUGGCACCAUUAGGCAGGUUUCUUGUGAUGCCACAGCCAAUGGGCAAAACAACGGGUGCGAAGAUGAGGAGCAAGCAGAAAUGGAAGUUAUCAUGAAUGCCAUGAACCGCUUCAGAAGUCUAGACAAAAAGGCUUCCUCAGGUGACACCGCUACAGAGCUGAAGACCCAGCACCAGAACACCAUAAGCCAAGUGUCCGUGUUUGAAGGCACCAAGGCCCAGUGCCGUAAAAUCUCCACUUCAGGUGUGGAUGGCAGCAUCAUCAUCUGGGACCUGCACUCCCUGGAGAAGAGCAUCCAAAACCUCAAGAUCGCCUAACUCUGGGUUCUUCGCUUGCUCGGCUUGUUGUCCGGACAUGCUCCAGACAGCGCGACCCAGAGUGCCUUUGUGGUUUAUGCCUUACAAUAUCUCCCUACAGCACAAAAUUCACGAACUUUUUGUCUGGCUCUUGCGACCAGGACAAUAAACUCCGACCUUUCGACCCUAGCUUACCUCUCCUUUCUAUAGCUAUUAAUGAACUUUAUCGUUAAGGUCUAUUCGCGACGGCAUCAGAAAGUUUGUACUGGGAUUCACACGACGUCGCGCCUCCGCCUUUGGGGACUGUGUUCACGAGACCUUUAUACCUUCCUUUCCAGCUGUUUGCGUAGCGGUUUCCUUGUUUUAAUUCCAUCCUCACUUUCUGUCCCUUAAGGGUGAAGUUGUCGUCAUUGGCAAGAUAUUUGCCGAUGGUUAUCAUUUUGUUCUGCACAGGCAGUAUGUUUUAUGUAGAUGUCGGGUGAUAGCUUUGAAGUGUUCGUCACGGGACGCUAUGACUGAGAAACGUGCAAUGAGUGUAGCUUUGCUGUAUGCUGUAGAUUUUUUUCUUUUUUGAAAUAAACGUUUCUACUUGGGGA